CAUUUCCUCCGGACAGUAUCAAGCUGUGGACAGAGACUUCAGGGAAAGGAGAAGUGAUUUCCUAACAACUCAUAGUUGGCCAACAGAAACCAGAGGGAAAUGUUGGUAAGAACCCGAUAAACUUUGGGAGGACAUUCAACACAUUUAAAGGACAGAGACUGCAGACCUGAGCCAAGCUGAGCCAUUUAGACUUCAUGGAUCAACAAAGUAAUUUGCGUCAAGGAGAUGAUGGAGAGACGGCAGCCCUCAUUGGCCAAUCAGUGCUGGGGCUCCGGGAUUCUGUCGUUAUGAUGAUCUCACACGCCCGUCAGAGAGUUAUACAGGGAUUCAUGCUGUUCUCUAUCGUCAUCCUGCUCCUCUUGAUCGCCACCUUUUUAUACGGCAGCUUCUACUACUCUUACAUGCCCUUGGCGGCCUUUUCCGCACCUGUGCACUUUCACUACAGGACAGACUGUGAAUCUCCUGCCUCUUUUAUGUGCUCUUAUCCAGUGGCCAACAUCUCUCUGAUGAGGAAUAAGAAACAUGUGCUGACAUUCGGCCAGGCCUAUAAGAUGUCUCUGCAGCUGGAGUUGCCUGAUUCUCUGACCAAUCAGGAGCUGGGGAUGUUCAUGAUUAGGACAACCUGUUUCUCUCGGAACGGAGGGCAAGUUACCUCCUCUGCUCGCUCUGCAAGACAGCAGCUGUCCGCCUCCAGCUCUCGCUUUAGUAUGCUGCGAUACCGCUCAAACCUGCUGAGGUACCUGGGAACGCUGCUGUUCUUCCCGGCCUUUAUAACCGGAGUCACCGAGCAGAAACAAGUGCUGGAGGUGGAGCUCUUCUCAGACUUCACCGACGACCCUUAUGUCCCCUCGAUGACGGCUGUCAUUGAGAUCCUGUCCAACAAGGUGCAGAUCUACUCAUCUCAGCUCUAUAUUCAUGCUCACUUCACUGGUAUGAGAUACUUGUUGUUCAACUUCCCUCUCCUAUCAGCCAUGCUGGGUGUGUUCAGUAACUUCAUCUUCCUCAGUGUCGCCUUCGUCUUCUGCUACGUGAGGCUGCUGCUGAAAGUAGAUUGGGGACCACAGCAGCUCGGAACAGAUGGACUGCUGUCAGAUAGGGACAAGAACACAAACAACAACCAAGAAGAGGAUGAGAAAGAUGCUGCUGCAGGCACCGCAGACCUGAUGUCCCAUUCAGAUGACCCCCACAAAUCUGAGUGAGGCGCCAUCCUUUUACACCAACACAGAGAUGUAGAACACAGUUCACUGUCAGAUGUUCAGAGACAUUUGAGACCAAUAUUACAGGAGCCAUUACAAGAUGUAAGGAUGAAGAUUUAAGAGAGAUUCAUGGUUGAAAAUGACCAAGAACGCACAUACACACCUCUGAGCUUCCCUGCUUUAGCUGUAGAUGGUUAUGCUCCUACAUCAUGUCAUCUGUGUUUUAGUAUCAGAAUCAGGUUUAUUGCCAAGUAGGUUUUCGCAUGCAAGGAAUUUGCCUUAAUAUAGCAAGAAAAAAUGAAAGCUAAAAGAAAGUUCGGCAGCAAUUAAGGCAUAAAUAAAAUACUAACUGUUUUCUCAUAGGGUUUUGCUUUAAUGUUUAUGAUUUAUGGGAUUGACUCACCCGUCAAUCGUCACUUCGUACAAAUCUUUCAUUGUCAGUGUGUUUUAAAUACUCUGCACUUCAUUGCUGUUACUCUGGUGUAGUAAAUAAAUACGUAAGACAUUAGGAAAUUAAUAAACAUAUGAAAAGACAGAAGAUGUAAGGUAACCAUGAAACUGUGAAAUAAUCAGAUAAAUUCAUAAAUUGUUAUAACUCUUAUUAAAUCCCAUCAGUUUGUGCUUUAAACCUGUAUGUUGAAAUGUUCUUCCAAAUGUAAAAUUAUGAUUUAAGUAUGUAAGGCAACUUGUGUAACUAUUUCUAUUAUCCAAAAUGUCUUUAAAUGGUUUAUUUUAAGCCAAAGUAUGUUGCACUUGGCUGAAAAUAAAGUACUUUCUGUUAAACUGCUGCAAUAAAACCUCUGA